CAAAAUAAAGUUCACUAUUUUUCCUACUCUCUCUGGGAAACUCUAGAAGUUGAGCGACUUUCCUAUUUAGUUCCUCGGCAAUCUCUCAAGUCUUCAAGCACGCAGUGUCUGGCAGCUUCCAAUCCAAUUCCCCCGUCUUUUCUCAAGAGCUCCUCUCACUUUCUAUCUCACCUCGUCGACUCUCAGAGCAGAAUGGCUGAACCAGAAUACACCGUAGCAUCAGAUAGUGAAACCACAGGAGAGGAGAAAUCAUCUUCUGCUUUUCCAGAAAUUGCAAUAGGAAUUGAUAUCGGCACUUCACAAUGUAGUGUUGCAGUCUGGAAUGGCUCCCAAGUAGAGCUCCUUAAAAACACUAGAAACCAAAAGGUGAUGCGAUCAUAUGUAACUUUCAAAGAUGAUACCCCUUCAGGGGGAGUCAGUAAUCAGCACACCCAUGAGCUUGAAAUGUUAUCUGGAGCUUCGAUCUUCAACAUGAAACGCUUAAUUGGAAGAGUUGAUACUGAUCCAGUUGUUCAUGCGAGCAAAAGCCUUCCGUUUUUGGUACAAACAUUGGACAUCGGUGUCCGCCCUUUCAUUGCAGCCUUGGUUAACAAUGUCUGGAGAUCCACCACUCCUGAAGAAGUCUUGGCAAUAUUUCUGGUGGAAUUAAGAGCAAUGGCUGAGAUUGCACUAAAGCGGCCCAUAAGAAAUGUUGUUCUCACCAUUCCAGUUUCAUUUAGUCGCUUCCAGGUGACCCGUAUCGAAAGAGCCUGUGCCAUGGCUGGCCUUCAUGUCCUAAGACUGAUGCCUGAACCAACAGCUGUGGCACUGUUAUAUGCACAGCAGCAGCAACAGACUAUACGUGAGAAUAUGGGAAGUGGAUGCGAGAAGAUUGCACUGAUAUUUAAUAUGGGUGCUGGCUAUUCUGAUGUCGCUGUUAGUGCUACAGCUGGAGGAGUUUCGCAAAUAAAAGCUCUGGCAGGAAGUGCUAUAGGAGGAGAAGACAUGCUUCAGAAUAUGAUGCGACAUUUGUUGCCUGAUUCAGAGAUCGUCUUCUCAAACCAUGGGAUCAAUGAGAUUAAAUCAAUGGGCUUGCUUCGAGUAGCAACCCAGGAUGCAAUCCACAGGCUCUCCUUCGAGACCAGUGUACAAAUUGAUGUUGACCUGGGAAACGGGUCAAAAAUAUGUAAGGUCGUGAACCAGGAGGAAUUUCAGGAAGUCAACAGAGAGGUGUUCGAGAAGUGUGAGAGCCUCAUAAUCCAAUGCCUGCGUGAUGCCAAGAUAGAACCCGAUGAUGUGACUGACAUAAUUGCCGUGGGAGGUUGCUCAUUUAUUCCAAAGAUAAAGAAUCUUAUUAUGACUACAUGUAAAAGACAGGAGCUUUACAAAGGGAUAAACCCAAUGGAAGCUGCUGUCUGUGCAGCACUAGAAGGAGCAGUGGCUUCGGGUAUAAAUGAUCCCUUCGGAAGUUUGGACUUAUUGACCAUUCAAGUUACACCCCUUGCUAUUGGGAUUCAGGCCGAUGGAAACAAUUUUGUACCCAUUAUACCUAGAAACACUACAAUGCCAGCACGGAAAGAGUUAGCUUUCACAACUGUUCAUGAUAAUCAAACUGAAGCGUUGAUUGUUGUAUAUGAAGGUGAAGGGAAGAAGGUGGAAGAGAAUCAUCUUCUGGGAUAUUUCAAGCUCGUGGGUAUUCCUCCAGCUCCCAAGGGAGUUCCAGAUAUAAAUGUGUGCAUGGACAUUGAUGCCUCGGAUGUACUGAGAGUACUGGCUGGGGUUGUGGUGUCAGGAUCUCAACAGCCUGCAAUUCCUGUCAUGGAAGUUAGGAUGCCAACAAUUGAUGAUGGGCAUGGCUGGUGUGCAGAAGCUCUGCACAGAACUUUUGGGUCUAGACUGAACUUAGUUACAGUUCAGAAGAAGAUAUAGCGGUGGGAUGUAAAUGUUCAGUUUCAUUACAACUUAAGUUGCUAUGGUUUUUCAGGUUUCCGGUGAUCCUGGACAUAUCGAUUCUGUAAGAACUCUGUUGAAAGGUUAUACUUGGUUUACAUACAUAAAUAAUAAAUGUUGACUUCAUGUA